AUGGAGGGCCCUGCCAGCCCAGCACCCGCCCCCGGGGCGCUGCCCUACUACGUGGCCUUCUCCCAGCUGCUGGGCCUGAUUGUGGUGGCCAUGACUGGCGCCUGGCUUGGUAUGUACCGAGGCGGCAUUGCCUGGGAGAGCGCCCUACAGUUCAACGUGCACCCCCUCUGCAUGAUCAUAGGCCUGGUCUUCCUGCAGGGAGACGCCCUGCUGGUUUACCGGGUCUUCAGGAAUGAGGCCAAACGCACCACCAAAGUCCUGCACGGGCUGCUGCACGUCUUCGCCUUCGUCAUCGCCUUGGUGGGCCUGGUGGCCGUGUUCGACCACCACAGGAAGGAGGGCUACGCCGACCUGUACAGCCUGCACAGCUGGUGCGGCAUCCUGGUCUUUGCGCUCUUCUUCGUGCAGUGGCUCGUGGGCUUUAGCUUCUUCCUGUUCCCGGGCGCCUCGUUUUCCCUGCGGAGCCGCUACCGCCCGCAGCACGUCUUCUUCGGUGCCGCCAUCUUCCUGCUCUCGGUGGCCACCGCCCUGCUGGGCCUGAAGGAGGCGCUGCUGUUCGAGCUCGGGACCAAGUACAGCACGUUCGAGCCCGAGGGCGUCCUGGCCAACGUGCUGGGCCUGCUGCUGGCCGCCUUCGCCACGGUCGUGCUCUACAUCCUGACCCGUGCCGACUGGAAGCGGCCCCUCCAGGCGGAAGAGCAAGCGCUCUCCAUGGACUUCAAGACGCUGACGGAGGGUGACAGCCCCAGCUCCCAGUGA